AUGAACUCCAAACAGCCGGGUUCAGCCCGCUCUGGGCAACUGACACGCGAUGUCAAUACCGGCAAGCCAGUCUCAACUUUGGGAAAACGAGUGGCACAAUUUCUUUUAUGCGGCAGGACCUCAUCUGGAUGUUUUCUCGUGCGAGAGGAUCUGAGUCAGAUUUUCCCUGUGUGGCAGGAUGUCGGUUGGGACCAGGUGCUGGAGCUGCUACAGGGUCGCGCCCAAGCGCGUCCUGGCAAGGCCGUGGAUGUUACCAAGAAAGAUGAGACCUUGCGUGCGGCUACCUUGCUUCAGUAUAACGCAUUGAUGGAAGAGCUUCUUGUUGUCUAUGACAUCUACUCGAGCGACAUUAAGGUGCAAAAGCAAACCCGACAAAAUUUUCUCAAAUAUGAAGUCCAUUUUGAGAGACCUGGCACUACCUUGCGCAAAUACGUCGGUAGUCGUGGCGACAUUCUCGAAGCACAGCUGCAACCAGGGUGUCAUGUUCUUGACCUCGGUACUGGUCUUGGUUGGGUUGCUGAGGCGGCGGCGCGUCGUUGUCGUCUCGCAAUCGGCACUGAUAUUAGUGGCAAGAACAUUCAGCUGGCGAAGCAAAAAGCAUCGCGCGCCAACCUUGGCAAUCUUGCAUAUGCCGUUGCCGAUUUCACCCUGAUGAAUGAAGUACGCGCGGCCAUCCAAGCUGCAAGUCAAGAGUUGAACGUGUCUCCUGUGGUCCGCUUCCACGUCAUCUUCAUGUGCUAG